GGUAUAAACUGGUCUACUUGUAUGAAGACACAAAUCUAGAUAUUGUUUUUGAAAUGUUGGUUAAAUUCCGUGCAAGUGCAUUUCUCUACGCCAGGGCUCGUAAAUUUUAAUAAAAAUUUGAUGUGAAUAAUAUUAAAACAGUUCAAUAAUACAUGGCUUUUGGUAACCAGAGCAUUCACCUUUGCAAUCGAAACAAAUACAACUGCGGCCCGACCGAAAGAACUAAUGUGAUUUAUAUGUAUACCUUCAUACCUAUUUAAGCUGCAAACGUUCCUCUUCUCCUUCACUUAACUCCCAGUAGUUGUGGGAAAACAACGCGGGCUUCAUAGAGAAAAAUCAGUAAAAUAUUAUAGCUAUAAAUAAAGUGAUAAGGGAUGGUGUGGCAAGCCAACUAUUGUACAAAUACUCUGUGAGCGGAAGUGAAAAUUAAGAGCUAGUGAUGCUUUCCAAGCAGCGGUCAAAAUGAAAUACUGAUAAUGAUGGCAAAAAGUGACGGUUGCCCUAAUACGAUUUUUAAUAAAAAAAAAAACUUACAGAAAGGUCAAUAGUGAAUAAGUAAAACAUCAACACAAAGCUACCAAAGAAAUACUAAGCAAAAAACAAAAUGUUGCAAAAUCACAAUUUUACAUCCAUACUUAGUAGCCACCACACAGUGCCUACGUCAUCAACUGUACAACCAGUACUGUGUCCACCUACUUGGGGGUCUACCCACUUAGGCGGAAAUAACUACACCAUCGACGACGUUGAUUGUAACAACUUAAAUUCGGUCCACGGAAAUAGUGUGGGUAAUGUGGAUGUGAAUGUGAUUGGUACGAGUGCGAGUUUGAUUGCGAGAGCAGCUGGUGAUGUUGUGGGCGACGGGAAUUACACGCUUCCCCCGGAUAAUCUACUCGAUUUCGAACUUGACCCACUCGAGCGCGUUGUAUCCGCAAUUGUACCGGCGUUUUUUGGUGUGAUUGGUGUUGCAGGUUUACUAGGCAAUGCACUAGUCAUAUUUGUGGUUGUUGCCAAUCAACAAAUGCGCUCCACCACCAAUCUGCUCAUAAUCAAUCUCGCCGUAUCCGACAUACUCUUCGUCGUCUUUUGUGUGCCUUUCACCGCUGCCGACUAUGUGCUGCCCACAUGGCCAUUUGGAAAUGUGUGGUGUAAAUUUGUACAGUAUAUGAUUGUGGUCACUUGCCAUUGCAGUGUCUACACGCUGGUGCUGAUGUCAUUCGAUCGGUUUUUGGCUGUCGUACAUCCUGUGACGAGUAUGUCAUUGCGCACGGAACGUAAUGCAAUGCUUGCCAUAUUCUGCGCUUGGAUACUAAUCAUCAGCUCAGCCAUCCCCGUGGCUUUGGCUCAUUCGGUACGUUUGUAUUAUUUCAAAGGACGCAGUUACACAGCAUGUGUUUUCUCCACCGAAGAGGAGGGCUGGAGUUUAAUCGGAUUUCAGAUUUCUUUUGUCAUCUCUUCGUACGUGGCGCCAUUGACAUUGAUAUGCUUUCUUUAUGUGGGUAUGUUGGCGCGUCUGUGGAGAGCUGCACCGGGUUGUAAGCCUUCUGAGGAGUCUAGAAAAGGUAAACGGCGAGUAACGCGAAUGGUUGUUGUUGUUGUUUUGGCAUUUGCUAUAUGCUGGCUACCAAUACAUUUAAUACUCGUUAUGAAGGCAUUGGAAUGGUAUCCUGCCACACAUACCUCAGUCAUCUCACAAAUCAUCUCCCAUGUUCUGGCAUAUAUGAACUCUUGCAUAAAUCCAAUUCUUUAUGCCUUUCUCUCUGAUAAUUUCCGCAAGGCUUUUAGAAAGUUCUCUGGAUUUCAGGUUGUCGGCUGUGGCAAUCAACCGCUUUUCCCAAUGGCACAUCAAGUUACAAAAACAACACGCACCACCGGCAAUGUCACAUCAAAUGCUGAAAUGCUCUAAAAACAUAUUCAUAUAUAUGUACAAAUAUUUAAAUAUACAAAAUUAAUAAAGUUGUAU